CCUUUUCCUUGUCCUCCCUGAUUAUCAUUUCAAUUCGAUUAUCCCGCCGGUUUAAGACCUGCACGACCAGGGCCGCGUUUCUUUUCGUCCUCUUCACAUUCAUUUGUCAGUUUCUUCCUUUGCCCGUCGCUCUUUUUUCCUUUUUGUCUUUUUUUCCGCUCGUACUUCUUUUCUCCCCGUAUGCAUCUCCUGCCUGCAUGUUGAAACAGCACUAGGCAGGGCAGCCGACUUUGGGCGACACAUUGACUCGAUCAUACAGCCUCCCGCUGAUUGGAACCGUCGCCCCGAUACACGCACCCCCCCUUUAAUUCCCGACCGACGGUCUCUGAGGUCGCGACAGUUUUUUUUUUUUUUUUUCUUUCCCCUCACGCAUAGGUGCCUGUCCAAAGCUUUGGCCUUUGACCGCCCGUCUCCUCGAAGACUACUCCUUCUUGGUACCCCACUUGGACAUCGUCGAGCCGUCGGUUUGAUUAAAAGGACGUCAGCGUUUGAGAAUCACAGCGAGCCCGAGCUAUUCACGGGUCGAGCCACAUUCGCUACGCCUUAUCUCCGCGAAACGUGACAAGGUCCGACGUCCCAUCACAGGAGAGGUCUAACCCUUUUACCCAGAACAAUGUCUUUCUUUGCGCGAGUUUUCCGAAAGGAUGGAGGUAGCAAGAAAAAGCAGAAUGGAGCCAGCGUUGCUGGGCCGGCGAAGCCCCAAUGGACGGACGCAUGGCUUCGCACAGAAGUCAAUCCUGAGGAAGUACAGGAGCUAUUGCGAGGAUGUACACAGGAAUUGAAGGCCAGAGCUCUUGACACUCCAUUUUUACUGCUCCCAUUUCGCCCGACGUCAGAUCCUAGCGCUGCUCGUACAUUCGUCCGUAAUUAUUUUAACCCACCACCCGAAAGAGCCGCGUUAUUACGAGGUGACAAUCUCAUGCAAGAGUUACGUUUAACGGAGCCAAUGGUCCUUUGCAGUGUUAUGAAAUGGUGCUGGAGUAGACUUCCUGGAGGUAUAGUAACGUGGGAAGCUUAUGAACUCUUUAAAGUUGGUGAACAAGAUUCACAACUCGCCCGUGAUGCAUUCUCGACAUUUAUUCCGAUCAGCGUGGACUCGGACGCUAGAACUAAAAUUAUUUUCGAUUUCUUUGACCUUCUAGCCGCUAUUGCAGCUCAUGGGAAGAAGAACGGUUUAGGCGGUCGAAAACUUUCGAGAUACGCUGGCUGGUGGGCUUUCGAGCACACCGACGCAGGAAAAGGAUUUGAAGCAAGCUAUAAAACAUGGACAAAUGCUGCCGAUGCGACUAGUCACUUAUUUUUCGCCUAUCUGCGCUCUCUCUCCCCUGAUUCAAUCCGUGGCACAAAUGGCAUCGCUACUCUCCCAUUAUCCCUCCAAACGUUGGUUCAAGGGACAGAGUACCCUCCAGAAUCACCGUCCUUGCUCCAAACUCAGACGACAAAGGUUGUUAUGAUCGUCGAUACAGUUUCCCCUACUCCCUUUGCCUUACUACGGCGGGCAAAGAAUUUUGAAUACCGCGAUAGCGACACCGUCUUGAAGAGCUUUGCAGGCUUCGAAGAUCCAGCUCACGCAUUAAGCGAUGAAUGUCGCCGCGUCUUACGAUGCAUUUCAACCACAAACCAAUCGGAGGUGUCAACGACCAAAGCAUCCACAAGCUUGCGGGAUGCUUCAUGGUCGCGUUUCGAAGACAUUGGAUUUGGAGGCUCUAUCGAGGAAUCAGAAGAUGAAGAGCUCCCAUCCUUUGGAAAGCCACCGCAAGUUGGUUUAAGGUCAGCUCCGGCUUCGCGUACCGCUGACCUAGGUCGUCCAACUACGCCCUCGUGGGCUGAUUUCUUGUCAACUGGAUUUACGGACGAACAGCAAAAUAGAAGCCGCGCUCCUCUUCUCUUGCCGCCAGAUAAGGUUCUUCCACCAAUCCAAACUGUGCGUGGACAAAGUUCCCAAUCCCACAAGCGCUCAUUUGACCAGGAAUCAACACUUGACCCAGGUGAGCUGGCAAGCAUUUCUAUCCUAGAUCUUGAUGAUUCAUUCUGGUGGGUUUGGAUCAGCAGUUUGGCUGGUGAAGAGCCUGCCUCACGCAAAGCAGUCUUCGGACGUUGUGCUCUACUUGAGACCAUCAUCGCUGGUGGCAAGUGGCUUAUCUUGGAGGAACAGGUGAAAGGAGCAGCACCAGAACCUGAUGCUGGCGCCUAUAUUGUUGAGAAAAAGAGCUUUUUCGGUUUCAGGACAAGAAAAGGGCGGUUGGCUCGGCGCCGAUCUGCCGCAAAAAAGAACGCCGAGCCAUAUAAAUCUACUAACAACACCGCACCAAUGAGCAGGACAAGCAUUGGACCGGAUCAACAUGCCAGAAUCCAGGCAGCAGCUGCCGCACUUCAGAGAAAACAUAGAGAGCAAGAAGAGGAACAGGCUAGAGCCACCAAAUCAAUGCAGGCCGACUCUUACUCGGCUCGGACCAACUCUGUACUAACUCUGCAGCCGUCCAUCAUGAAUGAGGCUUCCCAUGCGAUGAAAUGGGCUAGCAACUAUGAUAAAAGUGCCGUCCGGGCAGCUUACCUUGGCAAUACUCGUGCUGGCACUGGUAUCCCUGCUGAGAAUUUGGAUAUUGGCUGGAAUGGAAAAUCUCCCACUAAUUCCACCUUUACUACGGAUCAGGAGCCAAAAGUCCCACCGAAGGACGGGACCCGUGCAGUCCCUGAGCCUGUAUCGGCUGCCCCGCCUCCUCCACCUUCUAAGGAGGUGCAACCGGAGAGGUCAAAGGCAACGCAAGUAGCUGAACCUGCCCCUCCAAAACAAGAAACUGGAACCUCAGGACUCAAGGCGCUCUUUUCGAAGAAGAAGUCGGAGACAGCCAGCAGGUCUUCCGUAGACAGCACGUCUGCAGCUGCUGCCUCUGAAGGUCGGCCUUCGCGAUCCGGAACGUUGACUCCCAAGGGGAUAGCUGCUCGUCGGCUGUCGAUGUAUGGCCAAAAGCAGUCAUCCGAGGAGCCAUCUACCCCUGUGACCCCCAAUUCGCCAACUCCCCCGAUUGUGGAUAGAAAGCCAACACCGGUUGCUCCACCAGCGCCCGUGUCAGACCCCACCCCAGAGACAUAUGAUGGUCCCUCGAAAUCCCGCCGGGAAGCUGAGUUUAACAAUCUUUCCCGCGUAAACACUGCUGAGCAGGCGGAAGCGGACCAUCACUUUUCCAAUUUUGACCACCAGAGUCCGAUAGUUGACCAGCCUGCUUUCCUGCCUGUGGAUACACCUACCGCCGAGUCUUUCUCCGAGAAGUCCCCAACUCCUCCGCAAAGUGAAAAGCCGGUUGAACCCAGCCCAGUGAAUGGACGUACAGCUCCUUCUAGCCCUGUGUCCAGCGAACAACCAAUGCCACUCCAGGAUCGCUGGGCACAAAUUCGGAAGAAUGCUGUUGAGAGAGCAGGAGUGGUUGAAGAUCCCACCCCGAAAAAGACUGCGCCGGAAAACCCUACUACCGAUGACCCAACACAGCAAUCUAUUGAAUUGCGAGCGGCACGUAUUCGUGCCCGUGUUGCUGAACUAACAAAAAAUAUGGAAGCCUCGAGAUAGUUACCUGGAUUGAUUGGAGGUCCUACCUGGCCUCGUUCUCGAUGUAUUGAUUAAUAGCCAUCUCAAUAUUCUUCCACUUUUUAUCAUUUAUUGUCUGUUCGCCUUUUAUUUUCUCUUUUUCUUUUUCUUUUAUUUCCUGUACCUGACUGAUCUCGGAUCGUUGGAUCGAUACCCAUUUUUCUGACAUACC